AUGUGGUUGACAGAGAUUUUGCUUCUCCUUCAACCAGAAAUUGCUCCUCCAACACCAAGUGUUCCAGUGAGACUGGUCAACUCUAACAGCCGCUGCUCAGGCAGAGUGGAGAUCUUCCACAAUGGCCAGUGGGGGACGGUGUGUGACGACUUCUGGAAUUUGAAUGACGCUCAGGUGGUUUGUCGACAGCUGGGCUGUGGCAGGGCUGUGGAGGCACCACAAAGGGCACGUUUUGGACGAGGCACUGGACAAAUUUGGUUAGAUAACCUUCUGUGUUCAGGGAGCGAGUCAUCAUUAAGAGAUUGUCCACAUCUGGGAUUCGGAAACCACAACUGUGGUCACUCUGAGGAUGCUAGUGUCAUCUGUGAAGACCAUCAACCUCUACUCCAGGCCUCUCAGCUCAUUUGCUCCCCUUAUCAGCUUGUAGUUGGGGUGCAGCUGGACAGCCUGCUGUCAGCUGGUUUGAACCCAUUCUCUGGUCACCUGGCAGCCCCUUACUGUACAGGCUACAGAGUGAGUCAAAACACUGUCUGGUACCAAGUGGCACGUCAGGCUGGCAUCUGCGGAACUGUACUUACGACCAACACCACCCAUGCCAUCUACUUCAACAGCUUGUAUUUCUACCCUCCAAGUAACGGGUCCAUGGUUCUACCUGAGAUUAUUCCAUUCACCUGUGCCUAUCCCUUGGACACCAAAACUAGCCUAAACACUCAAAUUAGACCACAGCUUCCUGGGUAUGGCCUCAUGGGGUCAGGUUCCAGAGCCAGAGCCUACAUGAAUCUUUUCCGCGACUCCAGUUUUUCAAACAGCUAUCCAGGGGGCCAGGUCAUCCUGCCAGUGGGCUCUGCACUGCAUGUGCAAGCAUAUGUGUUUGAGAAUGAUCCAAGCUUUGCAGUUGUUCUGCAGGACUGCUAUACCACGAACUCCUCAAACCCUGAAGACCCCGUGCGAUACUAUCUCAUCCAUUCUGGGUGUCCUACUGACUCUCGUCGUGUGUCGGUGGUCGAGAACGGCCUGUCCCUCCGUGCUCGUUUCUCUGCCCUGCUCUUCCCUCUCCAGGGUAGAGACCAAGACAUCUUCUUACACUGCAGAGUACGCCUGUGUGACAAGAGGAGCCAAAGCUGUGCUCCAUUUUGCACAAGACGGACAUAUCGUUCUGUUGAUGACCCGUUCAGAUUUGUCACCGUUGGACCAAUCACCUGGACGGACUGACAUCUUAAUGGAGUGAGCUGAUAAACACUGACAAGUGAUUGUUUUGAUUUUCUUUUUCCUUGUGUUGUAUGACUUUAAUCAUUCUUUAGUAUAAUCUCUCAUAUUUUACCUUUGUACUUUUGUUUAAUAAAAUAACAGUAAUGAAUAUAUGAUUAAUACAAAUGACCAAAUACAUACAAGUGAUUGUUCUAAAUAAAUCAUUUUUUGUUUUAUAUCCAGUCAGUGACAUUGAGAAAAUAAAAAGUCUUAAUA